AUGUCCCUCAACCGCCUCCUCUCCGCGGCCCGCCGCUCGGACCGGCGGGCCUCCGCGCUCUCCUCCCUUCGAUCUCUCUCGGCGUCCCCCGCCCUCGCCCCCACCCCGCCCUCCCCUCCCGCCCCUCCGCCCCCAACCGCCAUGAUCUACGACCGCGCCGCGGAGGUCGUCAAGUCCAAGCUCCGCCAACUCGAGAAUCCGGACCCCCGCUUCCUCAAACACGGCUCGCCCCGCCCCACACUCUCCGACCAUACGCGCAUCCUCGCCGCCCCCGAGACGCGCGUCACCACUCUACCCAAUGGCCUCCGCGUCGCCACCGAGUCCACCCUCGCCGCCCGCACCGCUACCGUUGGCGUAUGGAUCGACGCCGGCUCGCGAUUCGAGACCGAGGAGACCAACGGCACCGCGCACUUUCUGGAGCACAUGAUCUUCAAGGGCACCGAGCGCCGGAAUGCGCGUGAGCUUGAGGAAGAGAUCGAGAACAUGGGAGGACACCUCAACGCGUACACCUCACGCGAACAGACUACAUAUUACGCCAAGGUUACUGACACCGAUGUCCCCCAGGCCCUUGACAUCCUCGCCGACAUCCUUCAGAACUCUCGAUUUGAGGAGAAUCGCAUCAGCCGCGAACGUGAUGUCAUUCUCCGUGAAAUGGAGGAGGUUGAGGGUCAAACUGAGGAAGUGAUCUUUGACCACCUACACGCAACUGCGUUCCAAUACACACCUCUUGGAAGAACCAUUCUUGGACCUGCUCAGAACAUUAAGACAAUCACCAAAGCUCAUCUGCAGAGCUACAUUCAGACGCAUUACACGGCUCCUAGGAUGGUGAUAGCUGCAUCUGGAGCUGUCAAGCAUGAGGAUAUUGUUGAGCAAGUAAAAAAGCUGUUUACCAAGUUGUCCACAGAUCCCACUACCACGACUCAAUUAGUUGCUAAAGAGCCAGCUAUUUUCACUGGUUCUGAGGUUAGAAUGCUUGAUGAUGAUAUUCCCCUUGCACAAUUUGCGGUGGCUUUUGAAGGGGCAUCUUGGAAGGACCCAGAUUCAAUUGCUCUCAUGGUCAUGCAAGCUAUGUUGGGUUCUUGGAAUAAGACCGCAGGAGGUGGUAAACACAUGGGUUCCGAGUUAGCACAACGAGUUGGCAUUAAUGAAGUUGCAGAGAGCAUAAUGGCUUUCAACACCAAUUACAAGGACACAGGUCUUUUUGGUGUUUAUGUUGUUGCUAAGCCUGAUAGCUUGGAUGAUUUGUCAUAUGCAAUCAUGUAUGAGACAACCAAGUUGGCUUAUCGUGUUUCAGAAGAUGACGUUACACGUGCCUGUAAUCAGUUAAAAUCUUCGUUGCUACUACACAUAGAUGGAACAAGUCCAAUAGCUGAAGAUAUUGGCCGUCAGCUGCUUACCUAUGGUAGAAGAAUCCCAUUUGCUGAAUUGUUUGCUAGAAUUGAUGCGGUUGAUGCCAGUACAAUUAAGCGGGUUGCGAACAGGUUUAUUUAUGACAAGGACGUAGCUAUUGCUGCCAUGGGUCCUAUCCAGCGUUUGCCUGAUUACAACUGGUUCAGACGCAGAACCUACUGGAACAGAUAUUAG